UUGGCCGCGCUCGUGAAACGAUAUCUCACUGCUGGACCGCAAUACAAUUUUUCGGAUGACAAUAGCGCGGCUUACAAAAACCGCUCAGUGAGAUUGUUGACGCGUAAAAACAAAAAAAAACAAAUAAAAACGAAAGACACAAAAUGGCCGAAUACUGCGAAUAUAUGUGGUUCGAUUCCGCAAGAGGUCACAAUAACGCCGCCUUGGCGCGUAGCAUCUACGAGGAACGUGGUAAGCUCGAUAAGCGUGACAAACAACUGGCCAUUAACAUUGUACGAGCUAUACUUCGACACAGGCCGGAUGUAGACCUGGAGAAUUGCACGGACGAGUACAUCACGCGCUUCCUGCUGGCCAGGAAGUAUCGCACCGAACAGGCGGCGGCUCUGAUAGUCGCUUAUCAGGCGCAAGUGUUGCAUCGACAGGAUAUCUUUGGCAACCUCACGGCCCGAGAUCCCGCGUUGCAGCGCGCACUUCGCGCGGGUAUACCGGGUGUUUUGCCCGCGCGCGACAGGAAAGGCAGAUGCGUGCUGGUUAUUUUAGCGUCGCAGUGGGACCCUACAGCCGUGCCCGCAUUAUCCGUUCAACGAGCCAUUUUCCUAGUUCUGGAAAUACUUAUUCAAGAUCCUCGUAAUCAGCAAGCCGGUUUCGUCGCCGUGGUGGACUGGAGCGGAUUCUCGUUACGACAGGGUAGCGCGUUGGGCGCAGCAGCUCUGCGAAACCUAAUAGCUGCUCUACGUGGGCGAUUUCCUGCUCGAUUCAAAGCGAUACACUUCCUCUCGGCGCCCCUCUAUGUUCAGGCAACUCUGGCACUGGUGAAACCGUUUCUAGAUGAGAAAACUCGUAACAAGAUUUACCUGCACGGCAACAAUCUCAGCACGCUUCACGAGCAUCUGCCGACGGAUAUUCUGCCGGCGGAACUCGGUGGAACGGGGCCGGCCUUCAACCCGGGAUUGUGGGCCGAGCCAGUUAUCCGCGCGUCUAUGAAAGACGCGGAGCAGCUCGCCGCCGCUAAAAAGGAAAAAGAGCAGCAGCAGCAGCAGCAGGUUGACGAAGCUAACGAAUGCGUACAAGAACCGGCCGAUCUUCGAUCAGACGUAUCGAAAACCACAAACGGCAACGAACGCCAGACCGUCAGCGACGCAGGAACGAACGUUCUAACAAAUGCAGGCAAAACAUCACCGAAUAAUUCCACGAAGCGCUCUUCUGGGAAAACGGCUCAAACGGAUGUAGAAAUGAACGUAAUAAACACGCGAUCUGGCGGACACAAAGAGACGACAGGAGCGACGAGUCACGACGAAGAUAAUGUCAAGGAGAGAUUGGUGCACAUCGAACGGGUCGGUAACAACAACGACGCGAACGAGACGCGUUAUUCCGACGAUAGAACCGAUCAGCUGAAGAACGCGGAUGACUUCUCGUUUCUUGACGCGGAGGUCAAUUCGAACGAGUUCGAGAUAAUUUCGAACAGAAUUGGCAGCGAGAGCAGCAAAGACAGCUCGUUAGACAAUAGACUAGAAGGAAAAGCUCUUAUCGUCACCGGCAACAACGAAACACCGUCAGAAGAAACGAAUCUCAUAACGUAACGCUGAUCUCUGUAGAUUUAGAUUUAUUUAUCGUGGUGUACUUAAUUGAUAGGAAGUGAAGAGAUUUUUUUUUCUUUUUGUAAAGCAAAUCUUCUCAAACGGCUGCUCGAAAAUCUUGCUGAUAGAGUUACUAUUUUUUAAGGCUUCCUAAGACUCGGUAAUCUAGAGGAAGGUGCUUUUUUUUCUGGUUGCGGAUUUUCCCUUUGAAACACAAACGUGAGACGUGCCGAAAGUUUUAUAUUAAUCUCGUGAAAUAUCGCCGGGAAUGUUUUCACACUUAAAAUUUUAUUGUAAAAGAUUCGAAACAGAAACGAGAUAAAAAUGUUUCUCUAUUUUUCUAUGAUCGGUUUUUUGAUAGACGCUAUUAUCACAUACUGAAAAAAAAAACUAUCGCAUCUGCUUUGCGAAUCAGAUACAAAGGCAGCGCGACGUUUUCCUACCAAAUUAAUUUAAAUAAAACGUACUUAGGAAAAACGUUUUCUUCCCAAAAAAAAGUAUUAUAUGUAUUUAAAAAAUUGAAAAUAUUGUUCUCCAUACUUAAUAAGAAUGAAAUGUCAUUUAUUUUUCCAAAUGACUUAUAUAUAUAAUAUUUAUUAUCGAG